CUGGCAAAUUUUUGUUUCUUCAUCCACUCGUGCUGCACUGCCUGCCUUUCUUGGGAACUCGUUCACUACUUUUAGUCUGUCUUUCAUCAUGGCCGCCGACGAUCGGGCUUCCGAGUACACCGGUGUGCUUGGAUUCUUCAUUGCCAUCACUACGAUCUCCGUCUCGCUGAGAUGCUACACCAAGUUGUUCAUCGUCAAAUCCUUUUCCUCCGAUGAUAUCUUCGCCGUAUUGACUCUUUUUGGUUUCCUUGUAUUCUGCACAUUGGCUCUGUUGGGCGUGUCCAAAGGCACUGGCAAACAGCGAUACCUCAUUCCGGACAAUGAUUUCCCCGAUGGUAUGAAGUGGUGGUGGGGAUGCGAACCUACCUACAUCGCCUGCAGCAUCUGCCUGAAAACAAGCAUCGGCAUCUUCCUGCUUCGUAUUGCCGUCGACCGUGUUCACCGGAUGAUUCUUUGGACAUGCCUUAUUGUCAUUCAAGUCUACAGCGUGUUCUUCUUCUUUCUCUUCACCUUCCAGUGCACGCCCGUCUCUAACUUCUGGACGCGGUUCCGUGGUGUUGAGGGCAAAUGCAUUGAUAGUAACAUCAUCGUUGGCACUUUCUACGGCUACUCAGCAUUAGUCUGCAUCACGGAUUGGACUUUCAGCAUUGUACCCAUCUUCAUCGUUCGACGACUACAAAUGAGCUCGCAGAAGAAGGUCUCCGUCGCGGUUGUCCUAGCUUUCUGUGCCAUCGGAUCCACUGCCACAGUCAUCCGAAUCCCCUACAUUGAAGGCCUUAAAGACGCCGAAAACUUCCUUUACACCACCACCGACGUGGCUAUCUGGUCUAUUAGCGAGGUGGGGAUUGGACUGUUCGCGGCCUCCACCGCAACCCUGCGACCUCUUCUCCGCGUAGUUUUGGGCGACAGCUCCAUCACUGGGGGCUCGUCGUCUCGCAAAAUGUCCCGCAACUGGGGUGGAACCAACCCUCUGCGAUCCGGAUACAUGGGCGAUGCCAGUGACAACAAUGGAGGCCACGUAGUGGGAAACGGCAUACCGCUCGAUGCCCAAGACCCCAAGAAAUACCCCAGGGUAAACACGACGAAUAACAGCGGCUUGAGCCGUUCGACGAGCACAUCGCAGUUAAGAGAUUGGGAAAGCAAGAGCAAGGACUCUGACGAUGAUUCCAGCCCGGUUAAUCCGUUCCGACAUGGUGGCAUUACCAAGACGGUGAACAUUUCGCAGGUACCUGCUGGACAUUCAAUCGACUACACGUCAUUUCUUUCAUUAUGUACAUUAUCAUGUACAAACAGUUCGUCAUUAGAGGAGCACACACGCUUGAUAGCACCACCACCACAACGGGGAAUCAUAUAUGCCUCGGAAUCUAGGAUAUCAAAAGGUUCAAACUUUUCUACGAUGUCGCAUGUGAUCAACCGUGGUUCGCUUUCUCUGACUGUCCCCCCUCCAAUUCCAUCCAUUUUGGCACAUGUCCUCUCUCGUACGCUGCAAACAUGCAAUAAAACGUCGUCAGGCGUUCCACGCCGUCUUCCAUUUCUAUGCAACGUCUUCAGGCGCCCACCCCCAACAGCCCAAACUCCCCCGAGAAAAACGGUCCGACCAAAAGAAUGUCAACAAAUCGCCUACCAACCAUCCAUCCAGUCGGGUAAUGUGUGGCAGGACUAUCGAACACUAAUUUGGGUUCCAUCUGGGACCGCCUAUGCCCUAAAGCAAGCGUCCCCCCUCCCCUUCUCCAAACGCCAGAAUUCCAGACCCACGUGCUGCUAG